UAUCCCCCUAUAACAGGCACAGCCCGCGGGGUGGUGAUCGCCACCGGUGACCGCACGGUGAUGGGUCGAAUCGCGACGUUGGCGUCGGGGCUGGAGGUCGGGAAGACGCCGAUCGCGGUGGAGAUCGAGCACUUCAUCCAACUCAUCACCGGCGUCGCCGUCUUCCUCGGCAUCUCCUUCUUCGUCCUCUCCCUCAUCCUGGGCUACACGUGGCUGGAAGCCGUCAUCUUCCUCAUCGGGAUCAUUGUGGCCAAUGUGCCCGAGGGGCUGCUGGCCACUGUCACCGUGUGCCUGACACUCACGGCCAAACGUAUGGCCAGGAAGAACUGCCUGGUGAAGAACCUUGAGGCCGUGGAGACCUUGGGAUCCACAUCCACCAUCUGCUCUGAUAAGACAGGGACCCUGACGCAGAACAGGAUGACUGUUGCCCACAUGUGGUUUGAUAACCAGAUCCACGAGGCUGAUACCACUGAGGAUCAGUCCGGUACUUAUGGGGGGAUAUGGGGGGAUAUGGGGUUACAUAUGUCCCUAUACGAUCCCAUCCAGCGGGACGUGGCCGGCGACGCGUCGGAGUCGGCGCUGCUGAAAUGCAUCGAGUUGUCGUCGGGGUCCGUGAAGGUGAUGAGGGAACGGAACAAGAAGGUGGCUGAAAUUCCCUUCAACUCCACCAACAAAUACCAGGUACAUAGAGAUCCUAUAGAUCCUAUAGAUCCCAUAGGGACACAUAGAGACCCUAUAGAUCCCAUACAGACCCAUACAGACCCUAUAGAUCCCAUAGGGACACAUAGAGAUCCCAUAGAUCCCAUUCAACUCCACCAACAAGUACCAGGUACAUAUAGAUCCUAUAGAUCCCAUACAGACCCUAUAGAUCCUAUAGGGCGUUUAAUAUGGGGAGGGGUCUCACCUCGCCCCCCUCCCCAUUUUCUUCUUACAGGCUUUUGCCACUUCUACCUCCCCGAGGAUCAAUACCCCAAAGGUUUCGCUUUCGAUUGCGACGACGUCAAUUUCGCCACCGACAAUUUGUGUUUCGUGGGGCUCAUGUCUAUGAUUGACCCUCCUCGUGCUGCUGUGCCAGAUGCUGUUGGGAAAUGCAGGAGUGCUGGGAUUAAGAGGAUAUCGUCACAGCAGAAACUCAUCAUCGUCGAGGGAUGUCAGAGACAGGGCGCCAUAGUGGCUGUGACGGGUGAUGGGGUCAAUGACUCCCCGGCCCUAAAGAAGGCCGACAUUGGGGUCGCGAUGGGAAUCGCGGGGUCCGACGUGUCCAAGCAGGCGGCCGACAUGAUCCUAUUGGACGACAACUUCGCAUCCAUCGUCACCGGCGUCGAGGAAGGCCGCCUGAUCUUCGACAACCUGAAGAAAUCCAUCGCCUACACAUUGACCAGCAACAUCCCCGAGAUCACCCCGUUCCUGCUCUUCAUCAUGGCCAACAUCCCGCUGCCCCUGGGCACCAUCACCAUCCUCUGCAUCGACCUGGGCACCGACAUGGUCAGCUGCCCCAUAGCUGCCCCAUAGCUGCCCCAUAGCUGCCCCAUAGAUCCCUGCCCCAUA